AUGUCCACGACUACCAAACGCGUUGAAUUGAAAGGCCUGACCUCCUUCCAUACCCUGAACAACGAUCAUCAUAUCCCUCGUCUCGGACUCGGUGUCUACCAGGUCCCCGACGGAAAAGAAACCGAGGAUGCCGUGCUCUGGGCACUGCAGAUGGGUUACCGCCAUAUCGACACCGCAACCAUUUACGGCAACGAAAAGAGCGUCGGCAAUGGCAUCCGCAAAAGCGGUAUCCCCCGCGAGGAGAUCUUCGUGACAACCAAACUCACCGAGGACGACCAGGGAUACGACUCCGCCAUUGCCGCUCUGAACCUUUCCCUCAAGAAGAUGGGACUCGAUUAUGUCGAUCUGUACCUGAUUCACUCGCCUUUGCGUGGAUCGGGACUGCGCAAGGAGUCCUGGAAGGCCCUCGAGACCUUGGUUGCACAAGGAAAGGCCAAAAGUAUCGGUGUCUCGAAUUACGGAGUCUCCCACUUGAAAGAACUUCUCGCCACAAACCCAAAGAUUCGUCCGGUCGUUAACCAAAUCGAACUCCAUCCCUGGCUGACUCGCCCUGAGAUCAUCUCCUUCUGUGAAUCACACCAGAUCGCUAUCGAGGCCUACAGUCCUCUCUGCCAGGGUCUUAAACUCCAAGAUCCCCGACUUGUGAAGAUCGCGAAAAAGUAUUCAAAGUCUCCAGCACAGGUCUUGAUCCGCUGGAGUUUGCAGAAGGGGCACAUUGUGAUCCCAAAGAGUUCAAAGAAGGAGAGGAUUGAACAGAACGCGGACGUGUUUGAUUUCGAGAUCUCAGUCGAGGACAUGGACGUCUUGGACUCGAUGAACGAGAACUUUAUCUGUGAGUGGGAUCCCACAACCGCACCCUGA